CGCGCCAUGUCGUCUCCCUCCUCUUCCUACCGGAGCAUCGGGUCUGCUUUUUCCUCUGUGCUCUCCACUUUCUCAGCCAUUGUUCCAUCCCCUCUCAUUUCACUUCGAAAUUCAUCACAAGACUCCUUCAACUUCCUCGAAUUUCAAUUCGCACCCCUUUAUACUUUCAACUUCCCACUCAAAUCCCACUCCUAUAGUCUCAUUUUCACUGAACUCUCUCUAAUCAAAGCGUUUCAACGUAAAUUUUCCUAAAUUCAGCCUGUUGAGCUUCUUUUCUCUCUUUUGGAAUCUGGGUUUUGUAAAUUUACAAAACCCCAUUUAGAUUUCACGACUUUAGCAGCUAGUAAUUCGUCUCAGAAAUGGCUGAAAGCGUUUUGUGUUCUUCCCAAGCUAUCUUUAUCAGCUUGAUUACCGUCAUCACUCUUAGCAUUUGUGUGGAAGUUAAUGCCGAUACUGAUUUUUCGAUCGUCAGUUAUGAUGGCGAUCUCUUUAAUGGAGAUUAUUCGCCUCCUUCGCCUCCUCCGCCGGCCCCGUUCCCUCAUCCUCCAUCACUUUCGUGCGAGGAUGAUCUCAAGGGAACCGGGUCGCUCAACACCAUAUGCGAGCUCAAUUCCAGCUUGAGUUUCACUGAUGAUGUGUAUAUUGAAGGAAGCGGGAGUUUGUACAUUCUCCCCGGUGUGAGUUUAAGUUGUUCAGUACUGGGCUGCACGAUACAGAUAAAUAUGAGCCGGGAAUUUACUCUAGGUCGUAACUCGCUGAUAGUUGCGGGAACUUUAAGGGUUGAUGCUCGAAACGUUAGCUUGUUUGAUGGCUCUGUGAUUAAUGUGACGGCGUUGGCCGGAAAACCUCCAACGCAGACCAGUGGGACUCCGUCGGGUUUUCAGGGGGCUGGUGGCGGCCACGGCGGCAGAGGAGCGAGCUGUGUGUCGGAUAAUACGAAACUGCCAGAUGAUGUUUGGGGUGGGGACACGUACUCGUGGUCUUCGUUGGAUGAACCAUGGAGUUUUGGUAGUAAAGGGGGAACGACUAUUAAAGAAGAAAGUUAUGGGGGGGAAGGGGGUGGGAGGAUUUGGCUUGAAAUUAAAGGUCCAAUUGAAGUUAGUGGUGGGCUUUAUGCGGAUGGAGGUGAUGGCGGUAUGAAGGGCGGCGGCGGUUCUGGUGGCAGCAUUUACAUCAAUGCCCGCAGAAUGACUGGAAGUGGCAGGUUAAGUACAAUUGGUGGUAAUGGAUUUGCUGGAGGUGGAGGUGGAAGAAUUUCCAUCAAUGUUUUUAGCCGGCAUGACAAUACAGAAUUCUUUGCUCACGGAGGGAGGAGUUAUGGCUGUCCUGAAAAUGCGGGUGCUGCAGGAACAUAUUAUGAUGCCGUGCCACGAAGCCUUAUUGUCAGCAAUGGCAACCUAUCUACUCAAACGGACACACUUCUUUUAACAUUUCCAAAGCAGCCACUUUGGACAAAUGUGUAUAUUCAAAACCAUGCUAAGGCGUUGGUUCCUUUGUUUUGGAGCCGUGUACAGGUUCAAGGACAAAUUCAUUUAUCAGUUGGUGCAGUCCUUUCCUUUGGGCUUGCUCAUUAUGCUUCAUCAGAGUUUGAGUUAAUUGCAGAAGAGCUUCUUAUGAGUAAUUCUGUUGUUAAGAUAUUUGGGGCCCUUCGCAUGUUUGUGAAAAUGCAUUUAAUGUGGGAUUCCAAGAUGCUAAUUAACGGUGGAGACAGUGAAAUUGUAGCUACGUCUCUGCUUGAAGCCAGUAAUUUGUUGGUUCUCAAGGAGUCGUCUUCUAUACAUUCAAAUGCAAAUUUAGGCGUUCAUGGACAAGGAUACUUGAAUCUUUCUGGACCAGGGAAUCUUAUUGAAGCACAACGUUUGAUACUAUCAUUGUUUUUCAGUAUCAAUGUUGGGCCCAAGUCAUUUCUUCGAGGACCUUUGGAUGAUUCAAGUGCCAAUAAUACGAGACCAGAGCUCUACUGUGAACUUUCUGAUUGCCCAGUUGAACUACUACAUCCCCCUGAAGAUUGUAAUGUGAACUCUACAUUGCCAUUCACUCUUCAGAUUUGUCGAGUUGAAGAUCUAACAGUUGAAGGCACUAUAACUGGAUCUGUUAUUCAUUUUCACUGGGUCAGAGAUAUAUUUGUUUUCCAAUCUGGUGCAAUCAGUGCUUCUGGUCUUGGUUGCACUGGUGGAGUGGGUAGAGGUAGAUUUUUUUCAAAUGGUCUUGGUGCAGGCGGUGGACAUGGUGGAAGAGGGGGGGAUGGAUAUUACAAUGGUACUUUUAUUGAUGGUGGUGUUGCAUACGGGGAUCCUGAUCUACCUUGUGAACUUGGCAGUGGUAGUGGAAAUGGUAGUCUUGCUGGUGAAACAGCAGGUGGUGGGAUUAUAGUGAUGGGGUCACUAGAGCACUCAGUAGUGAGUUUAUCUCUUAAUGGGUCCCUUACAUCUGAUGGAGAAACCUUUGGACGUGAUGUUGGAGGGCAAGGUGGUGGGAAAAUGUUAAAUAUUGGUCCAGGAGGUGGAUCUGGUGGAACAAUUCUUUUAUUCGUGCAAACGGUAUUGCUUGGUGAAUCUUCUGUCAUUUCUGCUGUUGGAGGACAAGGCAGUUCAAAUGGUGGGGGUGGCGGCGGUGGUGGGAGGGUUCAUUUUCAUUGGUCUGAUAUACCUGUUGGGGAUGCAUAUCAACCUAUAGCAAGUGCAAGAGGAAGCAUUUAUGCUGGGGGAGGCUUAGGAAGCUAUCAUGGUUCCGACGGCGAAAAUGGCACUAUCACUGGAAAGGCCUGCCCCAAAGGGCUGUAUGGUAUCUUUUGUGAGGAGUGCCCUCUUGGAACAUUUAAGAAUGACACUGGAUCUGAUAGAGCCCUGUGUACCAAGUGCCCAUCUAAUGAGCUUCCUAGUCGUGGCAUAUAUGUUACUGUUCGAGGUGGUGUUUCUGAAAGGCCUUGUCCCUACAAGUGCAUUUCCGACAGAUAUCACAUGCCACAAUGUUAUACAGCUCUAGAAGAGUUGGUGUAUGCUUUUGGAGGUCCUUGGUUAUUUGGUCUUAUUCUUAUUGGACUCCUCAUCCUUCUAGCCCUGGUGUUAAGUGUUGCACGUAUGAAGUAUGUUGGUGGGGAUGAAUUACCAGCCACGGUACCUGUACGACAAGGCUCUAGAAUAGAUUACUCCUUCCCUUUCUUGGAGUCCUUGAAUGAGGUUCUGGAAACAAAUAGGACAGAGGAAUCCAAAAGUCAUGUGCAUAGAAUGUAUUUCAUGGGCCCAAAUACUUUCAGUGAACCAUUGCACCUAUCUCAUUCGCCUCCUGAACAAGUAGCAGCAAUUGUAUAUGAAGAUGCAUUUAAUAGGUUUGUGGAUGAGAUUAAUAAUUUAGCUACUUAUCAGUGGUGGGAAGGAUCAAUCUACAGCAUUCUUUCUAUUCUUUCCUAUCCGCUUGCGUGGUCAUGGCUACAAUACUGCCAGAAAAAGAAAGUGCAAUGCCUUCGUGAGUUUGUUCGAUCUGAAUAUGAUCACUCUUGCUUGCGUUCUUGCCGUUCACGUGCUCUUUAUGAAGGCCUCAAGGUUGCUGCUACUCCUGAUUUAAUGCUUGCAUAUGUGGAUUUCUUCCUCGGUGGAGAUGAAAAGAGAGUUGAUCUUCCUCCUCGUAUUCAACAAAGAUUACCAGUCUCUGUACUUUUUGGGGGAGAUGGAAGUUACAUGGCUCCUUUCACCCUCCAUAGCGACAAUAUUCUAACUUCCCUAAUGAGUCAGUCUAUUCCGCCCACAAUAUGGUAUCGGCUUGUGGCUGGACUUAACGCUCAACUACGCUUAGUUCGUUAUGGACACCUAAAGAAGAAUUUUGGCAAUGUUAUUGGUUGGCUAGAAACACAUGCUAAUCCAACUCUAAGCGUCUAUGGUAUGCGGGUCGAUCUUGCCUGGUUUCAGCCCACAGCUUCUGGAUAUUGCCAAUUUGGUUUAUUGUUAUCUGCUUUAGAGAAUGAUAAUGUGCAGCCAUAUGCUGAAGGCCAGCGUAAAUUAUCAUUACCUGAGAGACAGUCAUGUUUGCCUAGACUUAUGAGUAGGAAGCCAUUGGACCAGUUGAAAAUCACCGAGCAGAAGAUGAUCCAGAAACGAAUAUUUGGUGGAAUUAUACAAACCAAGAGCCUAAAAGCUCUUAAAGAGAAGAAGGCUAUAUCUUACCCCCUCUCAUUCAUUAUCUACAAUACUAAACCUGUUGGCCAUCAGGAUCUUGUUGGUUUGGUAAUCUCCAUGAUACUAUUAGGCGAUUUUAGCUUGGUCUUGCUCACUUUGUUACAGAUGUAUUCUAUUUCGCUGCUCGAUUUUUUUCUGGUUUUGUUUGUCCUUCCUCUCGGUCUGCUCUCUCCUUUUCCUGCUGGGAUUAAUGCUUUAUUCAGCCAUGGACCUAGACGCUCAGCAGGUCUUGCACACGUAUAUGGUCUGUGGAACAUCACAUCCAUGAUUAAUGUUAUAGUUGCUUUCGGUUGCGGGUUAGUUAAUUAUUUAUACCAUUCGAGUAAAAAGAAUCCCAGCUUUCAUACCUGGAAUUUUAGCAUGGAUGAAAGUGAAUGGUGGAUACUUCCUGCUGGAUUAGCUCUCUGCAAAAUUAUCCAAGCGCGACUCGUUGAUUGGCACGUCGCAAAUCAGGAAAUUCAGGACUUCUCAUUGUAUAGCAAUGACCCAGAUGUGUUCUGGCAGACAUAAAAGAACAUGCAUUUAUAGGUAAAUGUGAGAAUGAUACAAACAAUAUGAUAUUGAUUUUUUUAGAAUUUGAUUUUUUUUGUGUUGAGAGAUAGUAUAGGCAUUGCAUAGGUAAAGAAACUUAUGAAGGUCCUUGUCAAAAUUUGCAUAGUUUUACUUUAUUACCCCUUGCAUAUACAAAGUUGUUGAGCUAGCAUGUGUCUACCAAUAUUCUUUCCUCUCCCCAUGUGUAUUUUUGUACAUAUAUAGUUUGACCCACUUCAAUGGUUGACAGAUUUAUCCCCAAUGUAUUACCAUAAAACCUAAUGGAUCCUUCUACCUCUUGAAUUAAUACAAGUUUAGUGUUCUAUUCCUGUCA